AUGGACACAACAAACAUACCAGUGCCAACGCCAGUAACAGCGGACUCUGAAGAUGAUUCUGCUGAGGACGAUGAGGAUAUUUUGGACGAUGUACAACCUGGCACCACCAAAGUACCAGCCAAGAAGUCUGUUGGAAAGAAGGUCACUGCUAAGAAGAUGCCUGGGACAAAACUACCAGCCAAGAAAACACCCGUUACCAAGACAACGAUGAAGAUAGCUAGCAAAAAGGCGCCUACCAAGACUUCAACCGGUACAUGUAAUAGCCGGGCCUCCACAUUAGACUAUGUUAUAAAUGUACUCUUAAGCAGUACGUAA